UCGCUGCGCGACACCCGGAGAGCGAUGGCGGCGGCGCGGCGCGGUGGGCCGGGGGCAGCGGCGGAAGAUGCCGGCGGCGCGGCUCGCGGACCCCGCCGAAAGCGCCGGUGGGGGCCCGUCUUGCUGCGCGGCGCCCUAGGGAGCGUCCAGGAGGGACGAGGAUUUGCAUUUCGGAGAAAACAAAAGAUCAUAAGACAAUACAGGAAAUUGUUAAAAAAGGGAAGGAAGAUCAAUUCACAACAGGAUGAUCAGUUUACUGAUACCUACCCAGAGCACUUGAAACAUCUUUACCUAGCUGAGGAAGAAAUGCUUAAGAAACGGCGCAGGACUCCAGGUGAUUCAGUUUCGUCAGAAGAAAAACUUAAUAAAGCAGCAGAUUCAGCUAUGACUGAAGCAAAGUUUAAGAAGAAGACGUCCAAUCAGAAGGCAAAAGAAGAGUAUGAGAAAAUACAGGCUGAGCGUGCUAGAAAGAAAGAGGAAGCAGAAAAAAGGAAACAACAAAGAGAAGAAGCUCAACGGCUGUACAAGCAAAAGAAAAUGGAAGCUUAUAAAAUAUUGAGUAAGAAGACAAAAAAAGGACAGCCCAAUCUAAACUUACAAAUGGAGUUUCUUCUUCAGAAAAUACAGCAAAAUACCUAAACCUCUGCAUGCAUCUUAAUUACAGGUCUUAGGUUACCUGUGGACAUUUUAUUAAUUUUAAUAAAUGAUGUCUUUUUGCUUCUUAA